GCACACAGAUCUGACACCUAACCACUCUCCCUCCGCCACCGCCAUGACGGCCGGCGCUGGCGAGCCCCGCCGUAUAGUCCUCCUCCUAGACCUCGAUACCUUCCUCCCCACUUCCAGCUCAAGCACCCCCGCUGCCGCCUCCUACCUCGCCGAAGUCCUGCCCGCCGCCACCUCCCUGCUCGCCGCCUGCCGGUCCCCGGCGUCCCUCUCCGCGGGGCGCCUCUUCUUCUCCUCCCUCUCCCCGAUCCUCUCCUCCUCCCUCCUCCCUAGGCCGCUCCCGGCCGCCCCCACCCCGCUCUCCUUCGACCUCCACCCGGCCACCCUCGCGUCCCUCGCCCCGCUCCGCUGCCUGGCGCUCCGGGCGACCCCCGCGCACCCGCGCGCCCCCGCCUCCUCGUCAGUCGCCAAAUCUCUCCUCCAGCUUGAGCACGACUACUCCUGGGACCACGACCCCCCUCGCCGCCGUCGCUGCCGCGGCUUCGAUCCGCCGCCCAAUCUGGUGGCUCUCUUCACGCCCGUCACGGAAUUCGAUCUGUUCGGGGACGACGCCAGCUUCGUCGAGAAAUUCCGCAAGGUUUUCGGUCCUGUCAGGGACCGCCUCUCGGCGAUUGGUCUACAGGUGUGCUGGGUCGUCGUCCCAUCCGCCUCCGUCUCCGCCUCUGCCGCCGCCAGUGAGGGGAUCAGGAGGGCGGUCACCGAGCUGGGCUGGUGGUUCACUACCGCCGAUGCGGUCGCGUUGGGGUCGGCCGUUGCACCGCCGGCGCUCGUGUGGGGAGGUGUUGGACUUGGCGGCGGGGAAGGUGGACGGCGAGGGGAGGUGGUGUUGGAGAUCGCGGAUGUGGAGGGCAAACCACUUGUCUGCAAGGGCUGUGAGGUCGAGGUGGUUGGCUCCUCACGGUUGCAGCAGGCCAGCGGCAAUGCCGUGUCCAGGAUACAUGUCAGGUCGGUGUGUGAGGCGGGGAAUUGGGAGCGGUUGAUGGAUGGGGAUGUUGCCGUGGUUCGAGGGUUCCAACGGGAGGGGAGCAAGGCUGACGGUGAAGAAGCUGUAGAUAAGGAGUAUUUUCCUCAUCGGAUUCUUGAAUUGGUCCUUGGUGACGAGAAGGACCGAUUAGGGGUUGCCAAGCCAAUUUGGCAGCUAAUUUUGGUGUUCCUUAGUAGAAGGAACUAUUGUGCAGUAGUCUCAGUUUCUGAUGGAGAUGGAAACUCCGUAGAUGGUGUUCUCAUGCCCUUCUCGAUGAACUGUGCCUUACUUCAUCUUGAGAAGAAUGUCAUGUCUGCCAAAGCCUCCGAGACGCCAAGUUGUGGUGCAUCUGAUGAGACAAAGGUCCAGAGUGAUAAGAAGAGGAGAAGCAGGCUGGUCGGUAAGCUACUUGAGGUGACCACCUGGAGUACCUUCUGUGACAUGCUUCGCAAACGUGCUGAUGGAAGCAUGCCGGUGGUGGACUUGGAGGAUCUAUAUUUCAGCAGGUAUGGCACCACAUCCAAAAAGUUGCGGUUUCUGAAAUGCUGGAUGAAACAGGUGAAACAGUCACGUCUUAGUACUCUAUCAAGUAUACAUACAGAAGGAGAGCAGCGUCUUCCCUCGAAGGAUGAUUCAGAAGCAAGAGUUCUGGUUUCAGAAGAAGAUGCUUCAGCUAGUCUUGUCAAUUUUUCGCUGGAUGAAGCAGAUUGCCAGAAAGUAGACGCACUAGUGGAUGUAGCAGGCUGCAGUGAAGUGGGCAUACCUGUCGAUGAAGCAGAUUGCAGUAAAGUGGACAUAUCAGUGGGUGAAGAGAGUUCCAUGUUCUCUUCUAUGGAAGAAUUAGAAGCAUUUCUGGGAGCUGUCCCACAUAAGAUUGAGCAAAGUCUUUGUUCUGAAGAUGCUGAUCUGGGGAGUUUAGCUGAACGUUUGGUUGACUUGUCCGUCCAUGCGAUGUUGGUUAAACACGGAAAGAUUGCAGUGCGGUACUUUGAACACAAUGAAGCGGAAGAUGGUUCUAGUGCAAAGAUUGCCUGUGAGCUUUCCAAUAUCUUGCUGAGGAAACCGAAGGAACUGGUCUCAAAGUACAGAGAAAGUAACUCAGCGUCUGCUGCAUCAGAACAAACUGCAAAACACAGUACAUGUUAUAAAAUCCGAGAGCAUGAGCUGCAGAUCUUGCUUAGAAUGGAAAUGAUCAAAUCUGAACUCGGGUCUGCCAUAGAGGAAGGUUCAAAACAGAAAAUGAUAAAAGACAUCUGCUCGCUUCUGCAAUUUAUUGACAUCAAUCUCCAAGGGGAUUCUUUUCAGUCUGACGGUAUUCUUGAGUAUGCUGAAAAGACCAUAAAGUCGAGGUACAUCAACUCCAUGGAGGAUGUGAUCAAGAAGAUCUACAGGGAGAUGGAGUUUGAUUUAUUUGAUGACGACGACGGAGUUGACUACUCAGAUUCUCUACCCAGCAGCAGCAACCAGGACGACGGCAGGUGCCGCAGCCAGCGGGGCUCCGACAGCGCGAGCGCCUCCGCGCUCCACCUGCUGCAGCGGGACGCCAGGAGCAGCCGGCAGCGCGAGGACGACGACCGGCACGACAAGCUGACGGCGAGGGCCCGGGAGCGGCGGGACCGGCAGAGGCGGCUCUCCUCCUUCACCAGCUGGGUGCCCGACCUGCGCCGCGUCUGGGCGCUCAAGCACCCGGGGAAAGAGCCGUGCGCGUGGGUGCCGCGGUCCCGGUCCAGGUCGUGCGCGAAGCGGCGGCGGGCCGCGUGCACCGAUGUCGUCCUCGAGACGCCGGUGACCUCCGGCAAAAGGCACAUGAGCGGGUCGGAGUCCGACGACGCCAGACAGGUGGCGGCGAGGAGGUCCGCCGCGCUCGGGGCCGUGUCCAAGACCUUGUUUGACGACGAGGUGGUCGAGACUGACGUUAGCUCGAGUAGCACGUAAGCCGACCAGGAGAUUGCUGUUUUUUGUUUGUUGAUUUGAUGAAAAGAGUCGUCGUUGUCUUGGGCAUGUUCGUUUCCUCACCCAGCGUCGUUGUUCAGGAAAGGAAAUAGAACGAAAUGGCAGUGAUCUUUACUGUUGUCAGUUCAGU